AUGCGAUGCGCGAGCAAGGCCGCCGAGAGCGCGUCUGCACGUCUCUGUGCGGACGCCGAAGCAGAAACAACAGCAACUGAUGUCCCAUCGGUUGCUGAAGCAACUCAGCCUGUGUCACCUGGUGAUGCAGGCGCUGGCCAUGAAGACACUCGUGUCUUCACAGAGUACGAGCUCGGUGUCUCGUACUCUCCUGAUACGGAUGACGGAUCCGUAUCGACGGCAAUUGAAUCCAAGCCGCCUGCCAAGCGUGGCAUGGACGAUGCUUUGCGUCGCAGCAUCUUUGGUUCAUCUGAUUCAUCAGAUGAACCAUCGCCGAAGCGAAGGCGCUCGAGGUCGCGAGACUCGGGCGCUAAUAGUGGUGUCGGUUCUCCAAUGGACACCACUUCAUAG